GGGCAGGCUCGCUCAACAGCUUGUUAUUUCGGUUUUCGCUGGGACCCGGGGAAGUGGACGUUAGCGGUGGACGUGUUGAUCACAACUUCGAGCUGGAAGCAUUCACGUAAAUAGGACACUCGAAAAUGAAGGCAGCUGAUGAGCCUGCCUAUCUCACAGUGGGGACAGAUGUUAGUGCCAAGUACCGUGGUGCCUUCUGCGAGGCAAAAAUUAAGACCGUGAAGCGUUUAGUAAAGGUCAAGGUGAUCUUUAAGCAUGACAGUUCUACACACAUUGUCCAGGAUGACCAAGUAAAAGGUCCAUUAAGGAUUGGUGCAUCAGUGGAAGUGAAAGGGUCUGAUGGUUCUUACCAAGAGGCUGCCAUUAAUAAACUGACAGAUGCCAGCUGGUAUACUGUAGUGUUUGAUGAUGGGGAUGAGAGGACCCUUAGGCGUACAUCUUUAUGUCUGAAGGGGGAGAGACACUUUGCAGAGAGUGAGACCCUUGAUCAGUUGCCACUAACAAACCCAGAGCACUUUGGCACACCAGUCAUUGGGAAGAAAACAAACCGAGGAAGGAGAUUGUCAUCUGCUCCUACACCUGAAGAUGAGAGAGAAGAGGAACCAAGUGAAGAUGAGGAUGAUGACAAACGACGUCUUAAUGAUGAACUUUUGGGCAAAGUAGUUUAUGUAGAUUGUAAUGCAGACAAGAGAAAAGGCUGGUAUCCAGCUUUGGUGCUGUCUCCAAGUUGCAGUGAUGAAAUCACUGUGAAGAAAGACCAGUGUUUGGUGAGAUCCUUUGCUGACUCCAAAUUCUAUCCUAUAGCAAGAAAAGAUAUCAGAGAGCUCGACUGGGACAGAGUUUCAAAGCAAGACCCAGUUGUUAAACAAGCACUUGAAGAAGCUCACAAAUUCUACCAACAAAGGAUUGUUCCUGAGAGCUGGAAGGUUGAUAUGAAUGUCAUCUUAGAAUCCUCCAGCAGUGAUGAAGAGGAGGAAGAAGAAGAAGCAGGAAAUGAUGAGGAAGAUGAGGAAACAAAGCAAGAGUCAGAAGAAGAGCUUGAUCCAGAAGAGAGGGAUAACUUCUUGCAGCAGCUUUACAAGUUUAUGGAGGAUAGGGGCACACCUAUCAAUAAACCACCUGUACUGGGCUAUAAGGAUCUGAAUUUAUUCAAACUUUUCAGAUUGGUAUAUCGGCAUGGUGGCUGUGACAAUAUUGACAGUGGUUCUGUGUGGAAACAAAUAUACAUGGACCUUGGCAUUCCAAUUCUGAACUCUGCUGCCUCUUACAAUGUAAAAACUGCUUAUAAGAAGUACUUGUAUGGGUUUGAAGAAUACUGCCGCGCAGCUGACCUUCGCUUCAGGACUAUUCAUCAUAUGGAACCUAUUAGAAAACCAGUGGAGAUAGACGAAAAGAAUGGGACAUGUGAUCCAAAGCAAGCAUCUACCACGUUAGAUGAUGAAAAAAGCGAUGACACUGAAAAUGAGAAAGAGGAAAAAGAAGUACGAUCUCCAAGAGGUCGGAGGAGAAAUGCAACACCAGCCAAAAAAGAAGUCAAAGAAAUAAAAAAAGAAAAGAUGAAUGAAGAAACUAAUAAUGAAAACAAAGAAGUUAAGGAGGAUUCCAAGAAACAGGAAAAGGAGGCAGACACAGGACAGUUGAAAAAUGUGUCCACGCCCAAAAACAGAGCAGAGAAGAUCAAGAAAGAAGAGUCUGAAAAAGAUUCUGAGGAAGAGGAUGAAGGUGAUGAUGAUGCAGAAGAGGACCACAAGGAUAUACAAAAGAAGGAAGAGAUUGAAAAUAAAGAGGAGGAAGACGAUGAGGAGGAGGAGGAGGAGGAGGAGGAAGGUGAUGAUGAAUUUGAAAGAUUUCCUUCUGGAACCAAGGUUAAAGUAAAAUAUGGACGUGGAAAGAAUCAGAAAAUCUAUGAAGCCAAUAUUAGAAACUCUGAAGUUGAUGAUGGAGAGGUUGUCUAUUUAGUACAUUACUAUGGUUGGAAUACAAGGUAUGAUGAAUGGGUAAAAGGUGAUAGGAUUCUCUGGCCUUCAGAAAGAGGCGCGCCAAAGGGAAAACAUAGAAGAAAAUUAAAGAAUAAACAAGAUCAUGAAAAGAAAGAUGAUGACAAACAAAGUAAAUCAAAACGUGGGCGUCCUAGUCUGAAGUCUCCACCAACCACCAAUUCUCAGCGUAGUUUAUCCAGAACUCCAGGUAAUGAGGGGAAAUGUGGAACAAGGAAUAUGAGGAAUAAUACAUCUGAUUCCUCCCCUCUUCUCAAUGGAGUAGAAGGUCUUCCUCGAAGGCGCACCAGGCGUAGCUCUGGGAUGUAUGAUUCCGACAAAUUGUCAAAUGGGUCUACCAGUUCUUCAGAUGAAAGUGAAGUAGAAACUGCAGCAGAUAAGUCUGUGAAAGAGGAAGUUGUUUCCACAAAGAAAUUAGAUGAAGAAGAAAAACCUGAGGGGAGAAAACUCCAAGAUUCUUGUCUGCAAGAACUGAGGGUACAACCAUGCGAGGAUGGUUUAAAAACUACACCAGUAAAACAGGAAGCAGAAAGCAUAGAACAAACUGAUAACGAGAAAAUGAUGACACAGGCUGAAGAUAUAUGGAAAGAGAUCGUUGACAAGUCUCCAAAGGGGAAAGGAAGAAGGAAUAGGACACGAGAUGUGUAUUCAGACAAUACCAAGUCUGUUCUUGCUAAUCACGUAGUUGCUGAAGGUGGAGAAGACAUGGAAAAAUUAGAAAACUCAGAGAUCAAGCAGCUAUCUGGCCCUAGUGUGCCUGAAGAAACCAUUCCAGCCAUAGAUACAAGCUUGUUAAAUGAACUUACAAAUGAUGAGAAGAAGCUAGGAAAAAGAAAAUCUCCGGAGAAGUUAACACCUGAUAAAAGACUGCGGAUAGAAAAUGAAGACAAACUACGAACUGUAAAAGAUGAAGGUAUUGAGAAAAUAGAGUACUUUGCAGAUGAGUGUAAAGAAUCUAAAACUGUUGAAAGGCUAGAACUUGAAAAUGGUGAAGCUUCUUCCUUAGAGAUUGCGACAGACCAAUGUGUGAAACAGGAAAUGGAAGCUCCCUGUUUAGAAGUCGAAGAGGAUAUUUCAUUGAAAACCGAUGAAGAUAUAAUGCCUCCAAUUGGACCAGAAGCUUUAGUUUGCCAUGAAGUAGAUUUAGAUGACUUUGAUGAAAAAGAAAAAAGUAGCAGUGAAGCUUUACAUGCUGGAACUUUUGCAUCCAAUUCCCCUGAAUCAGUUAUUGCUGUUGUAUCUGUAGUGCAGCAGGUUUUGCCAGUUGCUUCCCCAGCACUGCUUCAUCAGGAUGAGGUUCGUAGUGUAAAAAGUGAAAGUGACAUCACCAUUGAGGUGGACAGCGUUGCUGGUGAAUCACAGGAAGGAUUGUGUGAGAGUGAGUCUGCCAAUGGGUUUGAUGCCAGUACGAGCUCGAGCAGCAGCAUUGUCGUGCAAGAAGUUGAGACCAAGGAAAAAGGUCAGAAACGAAUAAGUGACAGCAGCAAUGGGACACCAGCAAAGAAACAAAAGCGUAGCCACAAGCGAUCAAAUGUGUCCAAUAAGACUGAUAAAAAUGGAACUGGCAAUAGCAGUGACAGUGAGGAUCUUGCAGUCACGGAAAACUCCAAUAAAUGCACUCCAGUGAAGAGCUCAAAUAAGUCUCAAAAACUUGGCAGGUCUCCUUCAAGAACUUCUCCAAAUAGUAAAGAUGGGGAAAAGGAUAAGGAGAAAGAUGGAACUGAUGGUGCAUCUCCUAGGACAUAUAAAUGGAGUUUUCAGCUCACUGACCUUAACAACCUGACAACUGCUGAACGAAUAGCUUUCCUACAAGAUAAAUUACAGGAGAUCAGAAAAUAUUACAUGUCUUUGAAAUCUGAAGUAGCAUCCAUAGACAGGAGGAGAAAAAGGUUAAAAAAGAAAGAGAGAGAAGUUAUAUCUGCAGCUCCAGGCACAUCCUCUGCUUCUUCAGAAACCGGAAUGAGUCCGACUUCUUCCUCACCAGCCCAGAAUAGUGUGGCAGUAGAGUGCAGGUGAUGAAGCACCCCUCCAAACUUCACUAUCUUUUUUCCACAGCAGCUGCUGCCAUGACACAAGUGCUAAAAGCCUUGGAACGUUAGCAUAGGAAGCACUCAGCUGAUUGGACUUGUGCAUUACCGGUGGAAUUCAAGAAAAUGAUUCCUACUCCACCUGGUUAACUUCCAGUGCCUCUAGCACUGCAAGUUUCAGAGUUGAAUGUAAUUUGGAGAUGUGACUUACUUCACUGAUGACUACUGUCCACUCUAUUACAUGACAAAGCACUUUGUGGAAACCUCUCAGUGAAUUAAUAAAAUGAAUGUGAUCAUUUUUUUCGGAAGACAUGCAGAACAAUAUUGCGCCAGAAGAAAGCUUUGUUGGUAAUGGAACGGUUAAUGCAAAAUACGAGCCCAGUCAGCUCAGUUCAUAUGUUGGGUUAGUUCCAAUUCAGUCUUAGUUGUGGGAGCAUUAGCUAUGUUGAACUGCCAAAGUACACAGUGAGCAGAGUGCCCUAUUUUGUGUAAUUUGGGAAAUGGGACAAAAUAGAUUGUUACAGGAAAUUUAGUGUAUUGAAAACUGAAACUAAUGAAAAAUGUCUUCCGCUAUUUUGCUGUUGGAUUUUGAGCACACAAGUUAUGCAAAUGAGAUUUCUUAUUUAAAUUUUGUACUGUUUACAGUCAUUGGAGAAGCUGGUUUUCAGUAGACUAAUUUCUGUAGCAAGACUAUUUUGUCUCUUUUUAUAUGUAAUUGCAGAGUUUUUAUUUUAUUACGAAAAAGUUUCAAAUAUAUCACAGCAAUGAAGUUAUUUAACAAAAAUUUCUAGACCUGAGAAUUUUGUGUAAAAUAAAAAAAUUGUAUUAUCUUGCAACUUGUUAAGUAUAUUUAUUCAGACAAGGCAAUGGACAUAAUACUUGUAUUUUUUAUGUAUUUUUAAAACAAGAAAGAAAGAUAUUUUCAGACUUGGUUCAGUUUUCCAGGUUUGUUGGCUCAAAUUUACAAGAUGUUACAAACCUUGAAUCACGAUUUCAAUCAUUUCAAAAGCAGGGUCGCCUGUCCUGAAUUACGUAUCCUGUGGGGUUCAGUUGUCUAGCUUUAUGGUCACACUGCCUAAUGGUAAAAAAGUUUAUUUUUUGCCCUGUAAAACAAAGCUGGUCCAACCUUUGAAACUAUGCCAAAUUCUCUACAAUCCAACAUUGUACAACUAAAACCGCAUAGCACAACAACAAAACUACGAGGAAUUAUGGUUACCAUUAGGUGGCUGUGUAAAAUGUUCAGUUCAUUGGGUACAGCCAUGGGGUGACUCCAUUGCAUACUUUGUAUAUAUUUCAACUCUUCCAGAACCAUGUAUUUAAAGGAUACAGUUUGCACAUAUAUUGUGUACAGAUGUGAUUAUUUUAUCAAUUUUUAUCCAUACUUGUACUGUACAUUGUAAGGAGUUGGUGUCCCUUCCCAAUGUUUAAUAUACUGUAGAGUAAUAGUGUGAAUGCUCUAGAAUGUUUGUAUAUUAUGAUACUGUGGUUCAGAACAGCAGUGGGCCUGAGGUGGAUUGUAAUAGUAUUCCAUAGAACUGCUAACAAAUCAAUGUCCAUUCUUUUUAUGUUUUGAGUUUUUUUUUAUAUUUCUUGACAGCGUGAAAUUGUAGUAGUUAUUACAAAGGAUUUUUUUCUUCCAUACUUGUAAUGGAAGAGAAUAAUUUGACAAUGGCUUAACUUUCUAAAAGCAAAGCAAACUUUUUUUUCUCUCUUCCACUUGCAAAGCUGGUGUAUUGUAAUGUGAGAAUAAAAUAGAGCUCAGUACAGAGUUUAAUAAAGGCCAAGUUUUAAGAAA